AUGCCAGGCGCAAAGAAAGGACCCGCAGCCGUGGCCGGACCACGCAGAGAUGUGUUGGCUUCGCUGCGCAUGGCGUCAAUGGAGGACAUCUCCAGAGCGGCUCUUCCAGCAGAGAUCGUAUCCUCAAUCCUCGACUACGUCGGCCCCGUUGAUCUAAUCCGAGCAGCACGGUCAUGCAAGCUGAUGCACGAGAUGGCGUACGAUGACACGCGAUGGGUACACAGGCUGAAGAGAAUCGGGUGUUGGGACGAAGCGGAUGCCAGAAAGCACGCCGAAGUACUUUUUGGCACGGUUGCCAACAUGGAAGCUGUCGAACAGCAAGAAGAGGCGGAAACGGGUGAUGGGUCGGUCCCCGCUGUCACUGUUGGCAACGACCCUUCCAACCAGCUGAACAAGAUGUCUGAUGGAUUCGAUAAGAUCGAUCUGGUAAAUACAGCAUCGCAGAGUAAUGCGCUGGACGAUCUCAGCAACGAUCCUAGCUUGAUGGGUCUGAAACAGGUCAGGUCAAUACGGGGCGAAGCCCGUCAGGAAUACGGCAAGAUCCAUGCGGCCCUGGCACCUUACUAUGAGGAUAUUGCGCAAAAUGGACCGUCAACCGAGAAUCUCGUGUUCACGAAAUACCAAGAUCCUCUGGCCCAAGCACAACUGUUGGCUCAGUUGCUUUCCUUCGCGAAAUCAGACAUAGAGCAAGGAUGGGAACAGCGACUGGACCAUCUACAGGGCACCGUCUCUCUGUUCGAAAACGCAGCCUUGAAAGAGUUCCGUCAAGCUUACGAAUCCGAAGAUAUUGACGGAAAAAUGCGAAAAUACGCCCACGUUUUAUGCACGCUUAACGGCGGACAAUCUGCAGUCGAUAUCUUCAUCCACCACAACCACAUCAUGACAAGGAAGUCUGAUUUAGGAAACAUCGCUGACUGCAUUGAUGGACAAGCUGGCACUGUCAAGAUGGAGCAGACCCAGGCAUUCUUCACACGCCUCAGUGUCGCUUUCAACGAUGAGGUUUCCAUCAUGAACCGUGUAUUCCCUUCCGACAUGGAUGUAUCAACUGCUUUUAUGGAAAAAGUGGGCCAGGAUGUACUCUCCCCAUUCCUCACGGCCAUCUUCGACGAGCUUCAUCGUGUCAGCAUCGGCGCAUAUCUCACUGCAAUUUCUGCAACCUUUGUGCAGUGCAUGAACCUAUCGGAAGCUCUGCUCCCCACAAAAAAUUCCGAUGCCAAAUUUGAUGAGUAUCUUGAUAAUGUCGUAAUCAAGAUCUACGAGCCACACCUUGACUUGUACCUGGCAGAGGAGCUAGAUCAUUUUAAGAAAACAUGCGAGGCGACCGUGAGUGAUUGGGACCGGCAGCUUUCCGAGCAAGCCGCGUCGACCGAGUCUUUCUUGAUGUCCAACGUGAAUCGUCAAGCCGACAAACGAGACUUCCUAACAUCCUUCAAAAAAGUGAUCAUGAUGCCAGUGAACAUUCUCCCGAGCUUCUCAAGCACGAAGACAGAAGAAACGAAACCGGAGACGGAGUUCAGCAAUGACAAUCCAUUCCAGCAACCCAAGAGCCCCAACCGUUUCUCGACGAUAUCAUCACCUGCCCCAGUGGCCGUUGAAGAAGUUCCAACUACCGAGCUGGCAGCAAAGGCGGCCAUCAUGAAAGUCAAGAUGGAGGGUAUCCGAUCUUUGUUCAGCAUUGAGAUAGCCCUUGGCCUAGUUCAUGCCGCGAAGUCCAGCCUGGAAAGAGCCGCUCAGUUUGUACGACUAGGUGGCGAGCUUGCGCUCUCAGCGAAACAACAGUGUGAGGCAAUUUUCGUGACUCUGCUUCGCAUUUUGGGACACCAGCACGUCAUCGUUGGUUUCGACAAAGCCGUCAGCCACCUCUCCAACUACCGACCACGCGAGCAAGGAGAACGCGACCAAUCCGGAGUCGAACCACUGGUCACCUUCUUGGAGUUGGUCAACGUUGGUGACCUGAUUCUGCAGAUGAUGGACGUGUUCUACGAGCAGGAGCUGAUCGGCACAAGAUUAGCCGAUCGAAAUGACUUCAUGGACCCUGCAAACAAAGAAAAGAAAAAGUUCGAACAAAUGCUCGAUGAGCGCGUCGCCGCUGGUUUGAACAAGGGAAUCGACGUUCUCAUGGAAGAGGUGGAUUACAUCCUAGCAACACGCCAGCUAGCCACCGACUUCAACCCUGGCGUCUCCUCAGACCCGCACCGCCAGACCAUGGAUGUCGGUGUGAGUGAAGUCGCCACCGCUGUGGUCGAUGUCGUUUCCUCGCACACACAGAUGCUAGUAGGAAGCACAGACAAGAGUACACUCGAUGUCUUCAACCAGGAAGUUGGUCUCCGCCUCUUCACUGCCCUCUGCAAACAUCUCAAGCGCCAGCGCGUGAGUGUUGAGGGCUCACUUAAGUUGAUCAGCGACAUGAACCACUACUUCAAGUAUAUCCAGACUCUGCGAAAUACCGAGCUUCUUCUGUAUUUCACGGCGUUCCGCGAACUUGUGCAGAUCUACUUGGUAGAUCCUUCUGAUGCCAAAGAAUUGGCAAACCUCAUCGCCGAUGCGGAUCGGUUCCAUGGUAUCUGGCGCGUGGAAGAAGUGAUUGAAUUUGCGGAACGCCGGGCCGACUGGUAUCAGGUCAAGCGUGAUGUUGAACGAGCCAUGUAUGGCAUUGGUUGCAAUGUCAUGUAA